AUGCAUUUGUGUCUGGGUACACUGCGCGUCUCAGCCAUGAGAGUGGCUUUUUUGUUUUUUGUUGUCAGUGGAUAUGCAGCCGAUGAAAUUACACACUGUAUUCGACCACAGGACAUCAAGGAGAGAAGAGCUGUCAUCAUCCUUCGAAAAACAAGACUAGAUGCACCUCGAUUGGAAACAAAAUCCCUGAGUAGCUCUGUGUUGCCACCAGGUUAUAACUCUGACCGUCUGUCAGGAAGCAACCGGGACCAGAUCCUGAAACCAAAGCGGUCCCAUCGCAAAGCAGAUCCUGAUGCUGCUCACAGGCCACGGAUUCUAGAAAUGGAUAAAGAGGAGAACAGGCGCUCAGUUCUCUUACCAAAACAUAGGAGACGGAGCAACUUCAGCUCUGAGAACUAUUGGCGAAGGUCUUACGAGUACACGGAGGACUGUGACGGGGAAGAGGAGGAUGGCAGCCCGGCCAGGAAAGUUAAAAUGAGGCGACACUGAGGAUUGCAUUUUCCAGGCUCAUGGAGCUGAUGAGAUUGGCCUCUGGUCUGUGAAAACUUUCUCCUCCCUCUGGCUAUCUUCCAUCUAGCUUCAGUUUUGGUUUUUCCUUUCAGGCUGAAGAGUAAACAGGAAGGAUCUAGCAAUUUGUUUUUAUGAAUGGAGGAAUGCUGAGACAUAUGUAAGGAUGGAACAUGUCCAGUGCACAUGGUGUCCUGAGUCAUGGGUCAAAUGGGCAUCUCUCCCUUAGGAAGCAGAUAAAGUUAUGCCAGGCUAUCUGUUGGGAUUUCUUUUGAAAACACCAAAAAGUUUAACUGUUUCAUUGCGCAAGAUUCAUGAAUUGUAUUUUUGGUUGGUUUGUUGUUUUUUUUUUUAAUUUUGCUUUAACUUUCUUCCUUUCCGAAUGUUCUAAGUAUGAUGUUUGACCCCAGGAGCGGAAACUCUCUGUGGUGGCCUCAUAUUCCUUGCUUCACCAAAGGGCUCCUUGGCCUGUUCUUACCUAGUUGUUGUUGGGUUUGUUUUAAGGGUGCCCUGCAGUAACUGGAAGUUUGAAGUUUUGCAGACCUCUCUUACUGCGAUUGAGUUCAAAGGAUUUAGGAUGUUUUUGUUGCACUUUAGUACCAGUUUUAAAUGCCGUAGGUUUUCUUUCCACUCCCUUUUCCCACGCCAGCAUGGGCUCACAAAUUUGUGUCCCUGUGUGCUGCCCUCUCCAAGAAGAAUGUACUUGAGCUCUGGUUUCUCAGUGCUGGUCUGACCAGUGGAAUAUUUUGGUAGAGGAGGGAGAAAAUGGGGCUGGCUUCACCAAGGCUGGCCUAGCAUUGUCCUGAGGUCCAUAUUGGAGCCGCAGGGCUGCUGAGUGAGUGAUUGCAUUGAGUACAUGCUGCUUCCCAGAGCUGGAGAUAGCCAAGAGGAGUAGGAGACCCACUGUGCUUGUGAGGGCGCUUGCCUUGGGACCCCUUGAGAAGAGCUGUUCUCCACUGCCUGGGGGCCUGGCUUUGGGUCCCCUGCCCCUUUUAAGUGGAGAUUGUUGAGGCACCUCAGCAUCCCAUCCCAAGGGACUGGCUGCGCUCUGCUGGCGCAGGAACAGGCGCGCCCGUGGCCUCGGGGGAGCCGGGCGGCUCGGCUGCAGUCUGUCCCCUCCGAGGCUGGCUCUGGGAGCAGGGACACUUCAAGGGUCUAGUUCAGCCCCAAUUCAGUGCAUUCAGCAGCUAGUGCUGCAGCGGUUGCUGGCCGCAUCCUGGCUUGUUCGUGCCUGUGUUCCUGGGGUUGGGAGUUUUCUAAUUGCUACAGAAAAUGCUGGGAAGAAUCAGGCGUUCGGCCCUGUGGAGUUAGUGUUAGAAAGUUAGUGUUAGUCCUCUUCUCCCACCCGGUUUGUGUUAGCCCAGACCAAAGCCUUGGCGUUUUUCAAAGUUUGGGGCCCAACACCAUAUUUAGAACCGUACUUUUAAGAAACUUCCUCCAACUGAUUCUUUGAACCCAAGUGUUGCCAGUUGUAAGGAGUAGUCUUAUUUUAAAAUUUUUACUGCUUAGCCCUCCCCCAAAUUGUAGUUUUUCUUAGUGUCGUGUCCCUCACACACUUCAUGGUCUGCACGCUUGGCAAUAAAAUGAUGUAAUAUAUUUUGAAACCCGUUUGCUGCUGUCUUGAGGGGCUCCCAGUCAAAAAAUCCAACAAACCAAAACCCAGGUGUUGUUCCCCAGAGUGCCGUUCCUUGGUGAUUGAGCACGUUUGCUGACAUCUGGGUCUCUGUGUCCUUUUCCUUCCCCGUUGACUUCUGCAGCUCCUGCCACUUGCCUGUUGUUGGGGUUACUGCUCAGGCUGGAUCUAGCUGUCACAUUAGCACAAAGGAAAUUACCAUCACCUUCAGCACAACAGAUCUGCAAGGGGUUCAUAGCUGAGGUCCCCGAUGCCUGUCUCUGAUCCUUUUUAUCUGAUUGCUUUCCUGGUAAGAGCCCCCGUCGGCUCGGUGCGGAGGUACGGGCACAGCCUUGCAGCCAGCCUUUAAAGGAGCCUGUCUUGUCUGCCCAGAGAUCUGAAAGUUCAGGCUUCUGUUGCUUCUGAAACCUUUCAAAAGCCAUUUUCAGACCAUGCAUAGUGUUUGAAGUGGUGUUCCUCACCCUCCCAGCUUUCUGUAGACAAUCCAGGCCAGCUCUUGGCUCCAAACCCCCUGUUCCGGAAAACUUGGCAUUCCCCCGCUAGCAAAACCACAUGCAGGAAGCAGUGAUCCCUUCUCCUCCUUAUGGCUGGUGCAAACAUCUCAGCAAGGUGGGGACCCGCUAGCAGGAUGCCUCGCAACAGCUGUUUUCUAAUUGUCUUUCUGGGUUCAUCUUGGACGUGCCCUGUGCCCUCCUCUGUGUCAGGUGCUGCUGAUGGCAGCGGUGGUCGCUGCCAGAGGUCUUGGUUCCAUGCAACCUGCUCUUCCCCCACCACCAGCUCCCAAUUUUACUCCUACCUCUGCAAUACGGAUACUAUAACCUGGUGACUCAAAAAUUGGAGGAAAACUGCCUUGCCGGGGCUGCUUCCUAGAGCAGGGCUCCCAUGGGACAAGGCAUUGGCUCUUAUCUCUUCUAAAGGGUGAACAAGGCAUCUUGACGUCUUAUCUCUAGCCCAGUACCAACCAUCACUUCAUCCAGGUCCUUGUGCAGUCUGUACGCACGCAGGUAUCCUUCCUGUCCUGGUUUGUUUUAGUAUUCCCAAACACUGUGGUUGGGAGCUCUCCUCUCCUUCCUUCCUCCCUGCCCCGCAUCUGUGCGGUGUGCCUGAGCUGGCAGCCAUGGCUGGAGGGAUGGGAGUUGCUCCUGGGCUCUCCAGCCACCAUCUGUUCUCAUGUGCGUUCAGUUUUCAACCCGACUGGUUGGGGCUUGACACCUUGGAGAGAAAGAGUGGAACACAACCGGUCUGACCUGUGCCAUCUUUUGGGCCAGGAGUCCCCAGCAUGUAGGCAGGCCAUCUUCCCCACUUGUACAGACAUUUUCUAUACACACGGAUGUAUAUGUGUAGAUAACAUGGUUUUUUAACUCUUUUGCACUGAACAACAUCGGAGUGAAACCUUGAUUCGAAACCAGAAGACACAUUUUUCACGUGGAUCCAGAUGUCUAGAUCCCUUUCUGUAACCUGUCUGGUAAAACUGUGGCUCAGAAAUACCGGUGAGGCCCGUACCUGUUCUCUGUCACCAGCUGUGUCGGGCUUUGGGUCAGGCUGGUAGCGUGGGUCCGGCAUGGAGGAUGGAGGGUGGUAAGCUCCAGUUUGGCAGCAAAACUCCCCAUCGGCUCUGUGGGACGGGCUCAUGCACAGGCCUGACCCCGUUGGCUUUGUCAUGUCUGUCCAGUCAUGUGGUCUGACCUCCAUCCACCCUCAGCGUGUCAAUGUAACCCCCUAAACUGGGAAUAAGGCUGUGUCCAACGUGAUGAUCCCACACACCCAGACCCACAGCCCAGACCAUGAGAACUGUCUUUCCUAAGGAAGAGGGAGGAAGGUGGUGGUCAUCCCUGCUUUGGUGGGGUUUGUCCCUGCUUUUCUGCAAAAAGCAGGAGGAAUUGGGGUUUGUUACUGUUACCCAUAACUCGAGAAGACUCGGUGAUUGAACUAAAACUCUUGCAUCGGUCGUGUGGGCUCAAUAUGUCCAUGGGAAGAGAAGGAAAAGCUGUUUGCUGGGGGUAAGAGCUGGCCUAGGGAGGGGGUCUCUGUCUCCUGGCUGGCCUUGGCCUGCAGCUGCAGAGCCCAGCUUUCCACAUCUGCCUCCACACCUCCUGAACUCUCCUCCAGCUGUUAGAUGAGAGCUGUGACGCCUGGGAGCUGCCAUCCCAGUCCCGAGGCUUGGCUCAUCCCGGGGGGUCGCUGGGCCGUGGGGCUGCCAACCCGCCCUCCUGGCGCCUUUGGCUUUUGUCGCUGUUAUUAUCUAGCGCUUGCCCCUACGUGGUGUGAGCCCCAUGGGUUGAAAUGGCUGCCAUGCUUCGGGGGGGCUGGGGUGUGGACCCCCGCCAGUGGUAAAUAGUCUUUUAUCUGCCAAAAGCGUUCCCUUUCCCCAUUGGGAGGAGAAAUGUUUGGCCGAGAAGCGUGUGUCUGCUCCUUCCCGCGCCCCUGCCCACACUUACAAGUUCUGGCUGACUUUAAUUUUGUUUUUUAAAGAUUCUAAAUUUUUUUUGUUAUGAAUAAAAAAAAAAAUAAAAAAGAAAGUGGCAAUAUUUUUUUCUGUAAGCUUUUCCUAGGAAAAAGCGUGGUUUGUAACAAAGUUGUACAGUUCUGAAGUUUGAGAUACGAGAAGUACUGUGUGAAACGCUGUAAAUGGGGCAGAGAUUAUUUUAUGUACAGUCUGACACGGGGGGAAUCUUUUAAUUCUGGUUGAUUCUUAGGAAGAAUUUGGUUCUUCACUGUCAGGGUUUGGAAUUUCAUGGUUUCAUUAUUUUUUUUUUCUUGUAUAGAUUGCUGCAUUAAUUGAAUAAAAGCAGAAAGCAUCA